ACUUAUCCCCUUAGUUUUAUUUGUCUCGUCGUUGAAAAUGCAGAACACUUCGGCAAUGACCUCGCGUGACCCGUUUACCGACGCCCCUCAAUGAUCCGGCCGCCCCCGGAAAUGGGAAACAGCUGUUGCCGUGAGCGAUCGCGGGAUGGCAAAAGGAAAACCGUGACGCUGCUGCUCGUCGGGCUCGACAACGCUGGAAAGACGGUCGCGGCCAAGGGCCUGGCCGGCGAGAAGCCCGACCCGACGAUGCCUACGGUCGGUUUUUCGGUGAUCCCGCUCAAGUACACGUCCUGCGACGUCAGAGUGUACGAUCUGGGUGGCGGCGCCAACAUUAGGGGCAUAUGGCACCGGUAUUUCGCCGACGUGCACGGCGUAAUUUUCGUGAUAGAUUCGACCGACGUGGACCGUUUUAAAGAGGCGAGGGACGUGUUGGAAGAUAUACUGGGCAGCGAUAAGAUCAUGGGCAAGCCUUUAUUAAUCCUAGCCAAUAAACAGGAUCGGGACGGGGCUCUGGACGAAAUAGACGUCAUCGAAUAUUUGGAAGUCGAGGCUUUGGCUAACACUUACCACUGCCCCACAUUGGUGCAAAGCUGCGCGGCCAACGAGUCUUUUUACAACAAAAUCGAGCCUGGUAUCAAGUCAGGUUACAAUUGGUUGAUGAGUUACAUAAUUAGGAACUAUGAAAGACUAAACGCGAGAGUGCAAAUCGACGUGAUUGACCAGACGCUUAAGGAGCGUGAAGCGAUGUUGGAAAAAAUAAAGAAAAUGAGAGAGGAGCGCGAGCGGGAGAUCGAAGCUAAAGACCCCGAAGCCAUAGUGCCUUAUUCUGAGUAUAUUAAUAGUCUAAACGGGAUCGCUGCUAAGAAAGUCGAUACCGCAGACGAACUUUCCGUGAAAUCGUCCUCUAGCAGCUCGCUCACGUUCCCCUCGGUCUGCCAUGUUAGCGGUCCGGUGUCCUCGGAGUCGGGCAGGCCAAAGUCCGCCGUACAAUUGGUGCGCCACCAGUUGCAGCUGAAUAACGGCGGCCCGAUCCAUUCUUCGAGGAUAAACAAAACCGCCCCGAUCGUUUUGUACGCCCCGAAACAUCCGAGCUCGGCCGGGGAGCGCCGGGGCAAGUUUUCGAAGACUCUGAGGACCCUCAAGUCGGCGGACGACAGUAUUUUCACUAUAAGUCACAAUAAAGUAGGUCCGAGCGGCGAUUAUCGCGGCGAAAAGUUCGAGCUCGCGCCAUCUCGUCGAGUUAAGAGACUGGCCCAGCCGAAAAACGGAGCUGCGGUCAGAAGCAACGGGUUUCCGAGGCACGCUAUGGACGCGAUUACCGUCGUCGACGUAGAUUGACAUUCCGCGUGAAGCAUUUAUUUUUCGUAUCGUUCUAGUCAUUUUUGUAUUUUUGUAAGGGCACCAAAGAUUGUUAUUUUAAUAAA